AGCGCAAAAGAGGCAGGCAGGCGGGCGGGCGAGCGAGCGGGCGCCUGGCAGCGGCAAGGCGACGAGGACGCCCGGCUCAGCCUCCGCGGGCCAUGAGGCGGAGCGCGCCUCCCGGCCAGCCGAGCCCGUGAGCUGCGGCGCCGGGCAGCAACUUUCCCGCAAGAUGUGAGCCGGGCGCGCGGGGCGUCCUCCCUCCUCGCGCGCUUCGCUGCAGCAGCAGCAGCAGCAUCAGCCCCCGGCUGGCUGGCCGGCCGCCCGUCAUGGCCCCCCAGUGACGGACCGACCCGGCCGGCCAGGGACCGAGGCAGCAGCGGCGGGAUGUUCGGGCUGGAGCAGUUCGAGCCGCAGGGCAGCGGGCGGAGCGGCGAGCGCGGCGGCGGCGGCGGCGGGGGCUUCGGGCCGGGCAUGGGCUCGCACUUCAAGCCGCCCCCCUUCCACGGCGGGACCCCCGGAGGCGAGGCGGGGACCCUGGGCGCCCUGAGCGAGCCCGCCUCGGCCAUGCUGGCCAUGAACUUGAACUUGCCCGGGGAGGCGUACGGCUUCCACGCCUCCCGCGGGGGCCACGCGGACCUGCAGCAGGCCCAGCCGGUGCACGGCUUCUUCGGCGGCCAGCAGCCUUCGCACGGCGCCCACCAGCAGCCGCCGCCGUCGCACUUCGGAAGCGGCGGCUUCGGGGCCGAGCCCAGCGCCUCCUGCCUUCACGGCGGCCGGCUCCUCAGCUACCCAGGCGGCCAGCAAAGCUUCGCUGCCGACGGCUACGAGCAGCAUCUGGCGGAGGGCCAGGCAGGCGCGGACGGCUUCGGGCAGCAGAGGGCAGGGCCCCUCCAGGACUUCCAGCCGCCGCCGCAGCAGCACCACAACCCCGGCGUGCCGGCGCCCUGCCUGCCGCUGGAUCAGUCGCCCAACCGCGCGGCCUCCUUCCACGGCCUGCCAGGAGCCGCCACCUCGGAGCCGCACGGCCUCGACUCGCAGAGGCGUCUCCCCAGCCAAGCAGCGGCCGCCGUGGAGACCCUGGAGUACAGUUACCCGAGCGGCGAGAGUCAUUUCGACCUGCCCGUCUUCUCGCCGUCGGAGGCCGACGGGCAGCUGCCCCACUACGGGGCCAGCAGGCAGCAAGUGCCGCCAGGCGGGGGGAACUUCCCCGGGCCCUCCUCGGCCUUGCCCCGAGGGCCCGGCGGCCUCGGCAAGGUGCACCCCCAGCAGCAGCAGCAGCAACAGCACGGCGGCGGCGUGUUUUUCGAGAGAUUUGGGGGCGCUCGCAAGAUGUCGGUGGGCCUGGAGCCGAGCCUGGGCACAGGCAGGCACCCUUUAAUGCAGCAGCCCCCGCCGCCGGGGGCCCUGCUGGCCAGACAGAACUCGUGCCCGCCGGCGCUGCCCCGGCAGCAGCCGUGCCCCGAGGGCAACGCGGCCAACCCCGGCCUUCAGGACGGCGGCCCCCUCCUGCAAGGCCAGCACGCGCAGUUCGAGUACCCCAUCCACCGGUUGGAGAACAGGAGCCUGCAGCAUCCUUACGGGCCGGGCGAGCCGGUCUUCAGCGUUCACCACCACCCGCCGGCUCAGCAGCCUCCCAGCCAGCGGCUGCAACACUUCGACGCCGCCCCCUAUAUGAACGUGGCUAAGCGGCCCCGCUUCGACUCCUGGAGCGGCGGCGGCAGCGGCGCGGGCAUGCACAGCGCCAGCCUGGACAGCCACCUCUCGCCCUCGGCCGCCUACCCGGGUCUGCCGGGAGACUUCACGCCGCCGGGGCCCGAGAGCUUCCCGCCGCCGGGCGCCGACCACCAGGCGGCUCUCCAGCAGCAGCAGCAGCAGCAGCAGCGCCAGAACGCCGCCCUGAUGAUCAAGCAGAUGGCGGCCUCUCGCAGCCAGCAGCAGCAGCAGCAGCGCCUCCGCCAGCCCAGCCUGCAGCAGCUGAGCCACCACCACGCGGGCCACCACCACCACCACGCGGGCCACCACCACGGCGAGCCCGCCUUCGAGGCGCAGGAGGGCGCCUGGUUCCCGGCGCCGCAUCCUCCCUCGGCUGCGCCGGGCGCAGGGGACUUGCUCUUCCGGCCAGGCGUGGGCGGCAUGCCGGGCUUGCAGGAGCCGCCGCCGCCGCUGCGGAUUCCGUCGGGGGGCGAAGGACACGUGCCCUCGCCGGGCAGCCUGCACGGCCAGUUCGGCCUGAGCCCGCCCUCGGAGCGCAGCAGGCCGGGCCCGCCGGACUUCGCGGCCCAGCAGGGCUUCCCCUUCGGCGCCUCCAGCCGCCAGGCCACCCCGCACAGCGCCUCGCCCGCCUCCUACGGGCCCCCGACGGACUUCCAGCCCUCUGGGCCGCCGCCGCCCCGGCCGCCGCAGUCCAGCAGCAAGCUGGGCGCGCUGUCUCUAGGCUCCUUCUCGAAAGGGAGCGUGGCGGGCGGGGUGGCGGGGCCUCCCGGCGGCGGCGGCGGGACCCCGGGCCCCAAGGAGAGCAGCGGCCUCUUCGGGCAGAGCUGCCUGGCGGCCCUCUCGACGGCGUGCCAGAACAUGAUCGCCAGCCUGGGCGCGCCCAACCUCAACGUCACCUUCGGCAAGAAGGGCGCUCCGGCCGCGGGGAGCGGAGGCGUCGGGGCGGGGAGCGAAGGCCCCAAGCGGAGCAAGCUGGGCCCGGCCGAGCCUCCAGAGCCGGGCAGCGGCGGACCUCAGCCGCCCGCGCCGGCCCCGCCGGCCCCGGGCGAGAGCGGCCUGUCCCCCAAUUACUCGCCCGGCCCGGGCCCCGACGCCAAGGCAGGAGGCGGGCGCGGUCGGGGGCGCAGGAAACGGGACAGCGGGCACGUCAGCCCGGCCGCCGGAGGGGGCGGCGGCAGCAGCUUCUUUGACAAGUACGGCCCCACGGCCGGGGUGGAAGGCGGGAGUCCCGGUCAGGGGGCAGAAAGAGGGGGCGGCACUCCGCAUCUCCACGAGCCCCACAAGGCGCUGAGCUCGCCCCCGUCGGCUUGGGCCAAGGGAGGCGGCGGCGGCGGCGACCUCCUCCUGCCUCCGCCGCCUCUUUCCGAGCAGCCCGAGCUGCUGCCCGCCCUGGAGAAGGCGGACUCCUGCUCGCCCCGCGGCGCAGGCGACUUCCCCGACGAGGCCGGCAACGAGGACGAGGUGUCGUCGAGUUCCGACAACCAGCUGGCCAAGGGCUGCCCGGCGGGGCGCAGCCCGGUGCAGCCCCGUCCGGGGGACCACGCACUACUGAACGGACAGAAGGCCUCCCUGGCCCAGCUCAGCCUCCACGCCGGCGCAGGCAGCAACUCUACCUCCAGCUCCGACAGCUACGGCGGCGGCCCCCCCGCCGGCGCCCCGGUGCAGGACGAGAUCCACCCGCUGGAGAUCCUGCAGGCGCAGAUCCAGCUGCAGCGGCAGCAGUUCAGCAUCUCCGAGGACCAGCCGCUGGGCCUCAAGAGCGCCAAGAAGCCCCCCGAGGGCCCCGCCGGAGCCGCGGGCGGCGGCAGCCAGAGCGGCGACAGCGCCGAGCUGAGCAGCUGCUGCGCCGCCGUCGAGAGCGGCAAGGGCGCCAUGAGCACCAUCGACCUGGACUCGCUGAUGGCCGAGCACUCAGCCGCCUGGUAUCUGCCCAGCGACAAGGCCCUCCUGGAGGGGCAGGACGACGACGACAAGGCCCUGGCGCCCUGGGAGAAGGCCAAGCCGCCCAACCCCAGCAAAGAAGCCCACGACCUCCCCUCAAGCAAGUCCUCGGCCGCGGCACAGAGUGGCAGCCAUUUGCAGUGCCUUUCUGUCCACUGCACGGACGACAUGGGCGAAGCGAAGGGCCGGACUGCGGUGCCAACGUGGAGAUCCCUGCACUCGGACAUCUCUAACAGAUUUGGGACUUUUGUGGCUGCCCUGACUUGAAGAAGAAGUGGGGGGGGGGAAGGAUCUUUUCUUUUCUUUUCUUUCUUUUUUUGUUUAAAGGGCCACUCCUGCGAGUCGGACUCUUUUUCUAGGUUGGUACCUGCUUAGCGGCAUAGAGACUGGAAAGGGUUAAUUUAAAAUAAAGCUCACCUUGAUUUUUUAAAAACAUCUCUCACCAUGGUAUGUUCCUACUGCUAACCCAUCUGUAAGAUGCGUCUGCCUGAAAGAUGGGUGCCCACCCACAGGAGGACUGAUCUCGGCUGCCUGGCUAGCUGAGGCAAGAUGGUUUUACUUUGUACACAUUCCCCCGCCAUGCUUUGUUCUGUCCUGAUUAAAAUGCUCCUCAAAGUGAAAUUGCCACCCUAAAGCCACCGAAUGGAUGAUGAGCUUUUGUGCAUCUCCUGCAAGCCAAACCUGUAAUGCUCAGUCCAGGAUUCAGCCUGUGCUGUUUCUUUCCAGAGAGCGAAACUAGGAGGAGAGGGGGAAGGGGGGAUGCAAGCUGCUCCCCCCCCCAUUCCUGCUGCCUGUCUGCUUUUCUGUUGCAGAGUCUCAUCCCCAUUCUUCUUGGAGCAGCCAGAGGGCCAGGCAGAGCCACUUGCCCAAGCAGGGGACAGAGCCAUGUGUCUCCGUGGCAGCUUCCCUCCAAGGGCACCCAAGGCCUGUGAGCAAGCAGAGGGUGCUUUUCCUUCUUCCUCGCUCCUGAUGCUGCCGGCCACCUUGGGGAGGGACAGAGUUUGUCUCGGCUGAGCUCAGUGUUGUUCCUGGUUGUGUGACAAGUGUAUGCUUCCUUACAGGCUUGCAUUGCUAAAGCAAUUGAAACAGGGAUUUAUUAAAUUUCAUUUUAAAAACCUAUUGUCAUCCUGUGGAACUGGGCUGAGGCAGCUGAGGGCAGGAGUGGCUGCUGAAUCCUUCGGGCUCUUCUAGGGCAGUGCUAAGCUGUGACCCUGUGGCAGAGCCGAAAAGCUGGACAGGCCCCACUCUCUACCGUGCUGCUGGAAAGUGCUAGUUUCAUUGGUGGUCCCCCCCCCCCACGUCUCUGUCCAAUGAAACUAGCAUUUGCUGGAAUCCACUGGCCAUCAUCAUUUGGGGCAGAUUUAGCACAGGCCAACCAACCAUUGGCUGGAGUCUAAUGGAGCCCCCGGUUUUUCGAGGAGUGUUUCAGACACCCAGGGAACCCUAAAAAGAGAUGUCAUGCAAGUUGUGUCCCUCCCAUCACUUUUAAGUAGCAUUGGCACUACUGAGUGGCUUUUUCCAGAAGGUGGGCAUGUGCAGGGCAGACUGGCAUAGGGUGUGCACAUUUGCCACCCCUCCCAGUCCACUGCCUGAGGCAACAGUUGCUGGGUGGUUAACAAAUGGACUGGCCUUAUUUGGGCAAGUGUGUGUGAGAGAGAAUUUGGAAAGGCCCUUAGAAAAUGCCAAAAAUGUGUUGGUACGGCCACAUGAGAUUUAGAAAGCUGCUUGAGUGAUGUGGAUGUCUGCCACAGCCUGCAGUUCCUUUUGUGAUCCAGUUCCUGCUGCUUCCAUCUGUGCACUUCAAGGGCUCUCCUGUCUGUCUGUGCCUCCCACCCUCCUCUCUCUCUCUCAUGCCCACAUGAGACCCCUUCUCCCCUCCCAUGGCGCUAAUACUGCAUGGGCCAGAAGAGGCAGGCUGAGCAUGAUUCGCAAGCUGAACACAUUUUGGAUUCAGAAGGGUUAAUUCCAUAGCCAGCUUUAAAGCAGGGUGCCUGUCAUUUUAGCUACUUGAAGCUGUAUGGGCAAGUGGUCACUGGCUGGCAUUGCCUUGAUUCUCUGAAGGGAGGAUCACAGCAAAGGGAAACCCUAAGGUGUCAAGGACUUGUUGGUCUUCAGAUCAGCCGUCCCCAGAAAGAGCCUGUUAGCUUCCACCUGUAUGGGCCAUUGCUUUUCAGGCACAGGCUGUUGCUGCAGCUUGAUCUCCUCCCAAGCCCUUGGGGCCCCCCAACCAUAAUACUGUAAAGCCGUGUAAAUGGUGAGGUAAUGGGAAUGGAAAGUUGUGGAGUGGGAAGGCACCUCCUCUGCCUGCUUUUGGGCAGGGGGUGUUGCAGCUAGGAAGCAGCAGUCCCCAGCAAGUCUAUGUUCUUUGCUGUUGGCCUUUCCUGGGAUGAAGGAAAGGCCCUUUUGGGCUCUGGGCAAGGCAGUUCUUUCAACCUUUGCCUCACUGACUGCAUUUUCCUAACUUUCUGUUCUUCUUCUGGUUAGUUUCCUUUAAUUGGAGGAGGCCACCUCCUCUUUCUUAAACCCAAGAAAUUCAAAUGAAGGCAUUUUAAAUGUCUACUCAGAUUUGUGUGACAUUAUUUUCAUGUAGCUAAAGCUAGAUUUUACAUUUUCUUCUUUUCUCCCUGCGAGAUUUGCAACUCCAGGCCAGCCGGAGAGCCUUUGGUCCCUUCCACAUGACCUGUUCACUGAGCAUUCGUUCUGACUUGUGUCCAGGAUGGGUAAUGGACAUGGUGUCAUCCAGCAAUCAUCCCAUGCUCUCCUGUGUCUUUGGCCAUCAUGCUCCUUCUCCUGAAAAGUCUGGUUUUAAGGGCAGUGGGAAUUUGGUUUGUGACUGAAUCCCCCUCCCCCUCUGUUGCAGGAGGCAGAUCAAAACACUGCCUUACAGGAAUGAACUUGUCCCUCCUUGCUGCAGGCACAUUGAAGAGAAGGAAGCAAGGCCUGCUGGGCAGGAGGGCUUGGGUUCCCACCCUUUGGCGCCUGCCACCUCUGGGCGAUGGGCCUGGGGAGCAGAGCUGGAGGAGCCUCCCCCCUUGAGACCAUGCAGAUGAGCUGCUGCCUGGAGUCCCAGUCUAGGAGCACUGUUGGCCUGGGGACAUUCCCAUCAAACCACAAAAGAUUAUUUUAAACAACAUUAAUUUGUUUUCUUUUUAAAAUUAUGCUUUCUUGAACAAUCAACACAACUGAAAUUUUAAGUGUUUAAAGAAUACGAAAAUUAUUAAAGAAUAAGAAAUUAAUAAUGAUAACAAAACAGGAACUUUAAAAACCACCCAGUAGAUUAAACUCUCAUUCAGGCAAUUUGGUGGGGGGGGGGAGUUUCCAAAUUGAAAUCUUUUUCAUUGCCAGAAAGUACUUUUGCAGCUAAGUAAAUGGAUCUCAGCAAACCCCUGCUGACAGCUUCCUGUUUGGUACCCACCCCAUGCAAGUUGGAAAUCACAAGAAACUGGCUGUAGACCCUCGUAUUGGGGAGAGAUGCCUGGUAGGUUGCUUGCCCUAAUUGGCACUUGGGCAGGGAGGAUAGUCUGCUUUCAUGGCAGCCAGAAAAUCCUCUCCAAAGCUGGAUGCUCCACCGACCAGCCUGGCUGUUCCUUCUGAAAAGCAGGGCUUCUGUCAGAACCGUAACCAGGUUAAUUUGCUCUGACAUUGGUCUGAGUCUCUGCACACGCGGAACCCUCUUUCCUUGAAUUCUUAGAUUUCGCCUCACUUCAAUAGGAAGUCCGGAACUGUUCAGCAGAAUUCUUUCUCUUACGAUGAAAACUGACCUACAAUAAACCAGAAACAUUGGACAACUCAUUUCUGCAGAGAGAUUCUAAGAUGAAAUUUCAGGGGAACUUCCACUUUGCUGCUUUGUCUGUGUUCACCACCCCUAAAACAACUGCAGCUUUAAAAACGGUUUUUAAAGACAAAAUGAUGCUAUUACUUUGUAUUGAAUCUAAUUCCUUAAAAAGAAAUCCCUUCCCCAAUCCCUGACAAAUCCUUACUGCAUAGCAAAUUCAGCCUGACAAACAUUAUUGCACAUGUAAGAUAUGAAUGUGGAGGGCAAACUGUAAUCUACCCUUUCCCCUCCUCUCGCCCCCCUCCCCUUUCUGGAAUUUUUGUUUAAAUUCAUUUCUCAAUGCUUGGUUGGAAGACUGUGACAAAAGCUCAUGAAAAGUGAGUGUUAUUUUUUCUUUUUUAAAAUAUGUAAAGUGCAGUCUUCUGUAUUCAUGCAUAUUGUAUAUAUCUGUAUAUGUUUUACUGAGCAACUAAAUAACAAUAAAUAUGAUGUUAAUGGUGA